UUCCUCCCGACCAGCAGGUGUCGCCAUCACAUCACUGCGCUAAUCAGACAUUUGCUCACCCGUCCAAGAGCACGUCAGGUCGUGGAUGCAGUCUGCGGAUACAAGAAAAAAACUUCUCUUUCCUAUGACUGUACUUUCUCCUGUCUGAACAUCAUGCUUCCCCGUGCGGGUAAAGAGUUUCUGGUCCGGAUACGGUUCUCCUGGAGGCCGUUCUUCCAAGGCCGCUACCUGCUGGUCACCAAUAUCAUGAGUGGAGGGGUGAUGCUGUCUCUGGGAGACAUCCUACAGCAGACUCGGGAGAAACACAGGGAUCCUGGCAAAAUCAGAGACUGGAGCCGAACAGCUCGCAUGUUUGCCGUGGGCUGCUCCAUGGGUCCUCUCCUGCACUACUGGUACAUCUGGCUGGACAGAGUGUACGCGGGCAAAGCUCUCAAAACCUUGGUCAAGAAGGUUGUGGUGGACCAGCUGGUUGCUUCCCCGACCCUGGGCAUGUGGUAUUUUUUAGGUAUGGAUCUCAUGGAGGGGCGCAGUUUAUCCGAAGGAUGGGCAGAGUUUAGAGGCAAGUUCUGGGAAUUUUACAAGGCAGACUGCUGUGUUUGGCCCGCUGCUCAGAUGAUCAACUUCUACUUUCUCUCGCCCAAGUUCCGCGUCGUGUACAUCAACUUUGUCACCUUAGGGUGGGACACCUACCUCUCUUACCUCAAACACAGAAAAGACGACCCCCAUGCUGAGCUGGCAUUAGACAGCAACGUUGCGGAUGUACAGAAGGAAGUGCUGCCACAGUCCGAACCGUUGGAGGAGAAGGCUUAAAGAAGCUCAGUAGAGAAGAUACUUGUUGCUGUUUUUAUGCAUUUAUACUCUUCCUCCCUUUGGAACUGCUGUCGGACUGUUGUGUUCAUGCAACGGUGUGUGUUCCUGUGUUGGUCACUCAGAUUUAAACUGAUGCGUCUCUGGGAAGUUUGAAGUUAAAGUGCUGGUACACUUCUUCUUAACUCCCAAAGAGUUUAAAUGUGUCUGUUUAUGUGUGAAUGAUGUGCGCAUGGAUGAGAAGCUGUUUCACUGCCCUCAGGUACAGCAUUUACUGUCAGAGUGAAUUGAGCGGCUGUUAAGGGGAAGGUUUAAAAAGUCCCAAAAGUCAUUGGACCCAAAUUUUAAAUCUAAUUCUAGUAAUGCUUUUACUUUAUUUUUUUUAAUAUGCUUUAUUUAAAAAAACAAAAAACAAAAAAAACAAUCAAUAUUGAUGUGAGAGAGCUCUACUACAUAACUGCUUCAGCAGCAAACCAUGUCUUUGAACAUUGCCUUAAUAUAUCAUCCAGUGCUGCGUUUGUUUUAAUGUCAAUCACUCCAUUUAACUUGACCCUCUGAGGUCAAAUGAAGCAUGAUUAUGGAUAGAUUUGUAUUUUGUCAUAUCACAUAGAAUAACCGUUGAAAAUAAGUAAUUUUUAACUGUGCAGUAGUUUUUCACUAGUUACUGUAAAACUGACUGUAUAUUUCUACCAGUUUAAUUUAUUGAUGAUUUUUAUUUUUUAGCUUUGGCAGGUCCAGUGAUGAUUUAGUUUAUGUGAUGAUGGGGGGAGAAAAACCAGUAUAAAUGGUGUUAGCAUAAACACUGUGAGGGUGGGGAGCGACACCAUCUUCGGUGCUGCUGCUGUGUUCGUAUAAUGUAUUUAUUAUAUGAAAUAUUUUCCCAGAGUUCUCCACAUAAAAUGCAUCAUUGGUGUACUACCUGUGUAAAAGAGCUGAGAAGCCAUGUAUCAGAAGUCUGCUAAGAUUUCUGAAUGCUGAAGAAUUUAUUUUCACAUAAAUUCAAAUCAAAUAAAAAAAAAAUCUUUCUUUUGGCACUUUUGUGGUUCUAUCCUAAUUAUCCAUAUAGUUUAGUUUGGACACAUUAUGUUACAACAUGUUAUCAAUAUUGAAGCAAUUGAGAAUUAAAUGGGAUAAAGCCCCCCCCCCCUUAUUUUUAUAACCCAAAAGUAAACAUGGUUAUAUUUGCCCUCCUUAUAAUGGAGGAGGCUAUUACCAUCACUGUGUUGGUGUUUUAACAGGAGAUAUUAGGGACAAUGUUACAGUUAUUCUCAUAUGAAUGACAUUUAUAUAAAUGUAUUCUUUAAUACUGUGCAAAAUUCUUGAGCCACCCCUCAUUUUCAAAUAUUCUCCUUCACAAUAACCAGACUUUCUUGUAUUUUUAAAGUGGCUUUAAGCAAUAGUUCCCUAGAUCUCUUUCAGUUGUUUCCUUUGGACAUUGACUGCCUUUUUACUCAUUUUCACUCCAGUCCUUGUUCUGUACCAUUUUCAGAGGAAACAUUAGCAGGGCAUGUUGUUGCUAGCAGCCCAUCACAACAAUGCAUAAUUUGUUCCCAUUUAUUUGGCCGAGUCUGAAAUAUGCCAACGAUAACACCGCGUGUUGUGUUGUGCCAGCAUGGAGGUUCCUAAAGAGCUCUAAGCUGGGAACCUCUGGAUGGCAGUGUGACCUAAGAAAAACAAAGAGACAACUGAAUAUCUACAGCAGAUGAACGAUGUCUGAAAGUCACGUCGUUUUGAAAAAUGAAAACAUCCAGAAAAGAUCCGAAACGUGACCUGAGAGACACACCUGACCCUUAAGCUACUGUUCACUACUGUUCACUGAGGCCUCAUCAGAAAUGGUCUCAGGGGAAGGAUGGAUGCCAAGAAGUCAAAUUUACACAACGACUGGUCUAUAAAGUUUCAGUGAUGUACACAAUAUCAAAAACCUUAAAACAGCAUAAAAAUGAAAGAAAGUAAAGUUGAAGACUCAACUUAAAAAGAAUAACAUGCGAGGCAGAAAUAAGCUCCACUGCACCUGAUUCAACAAAAGUGUCAAACGUGCAGUGGACAAAAUGAUUUUCUUGUUUCAUCAAAAAUAAAGUGUCCAGCUCUGUGCUGCAGCAUAAGCAGCCUGCACAGUGCAGAGUAAAAGACCUGGGAUAGCAUAGGUCAUUGCAGCUGGCAGCAUGAGACAACUUUCAUGUUUAAAAUCUAUUUUAGAAGUAAAAACUAAUCUGCAGCUGCCUGCAGCAGGAAUAGAAGCAAAAGCAAACACACACAACCUUGUUUAAAUAUUGACUGAUAGUGUGAAGGGUUUAAUGCUUGAUAUGCAACAGCCCGUGUUUGGAGCACAUCCUGCUGUCAAGGAUGUAGUUACCGCGUGUGUGUGUGUGCAUGUGCGUUUGUCUGUGAAUGUCACUGAUAUGACUGCCAGCCACUUCCCCUCUCAACAUGCCCGCAACGAUGCACCUCACUCUGCUGGUGUCCCUGUUAACAGCGACAGUCAUCAGUGAAACCACCACUUCAUCCAGCUCAUCCACUGCACAAACAACCACUAACAAACCACAGUCACCAACAACAAUACUCCAGACUACCACUGAAAGAAUAACACAUCCAACUACAGCUGAAACGACAACACAUCCAACUACAGCUGAAACGACAACACAUCCAACUACAGCUGAAACGACAGUGCAGUCCACGACCGUCAUCACUUCGGCUUCACCAAAAACGCUGCAGACAGACGACACCACCCCCAGCCCACCUCCUCAAACCACAGCAAACAACCAGACAUCAAAUGAGACAGCUUUACCAACUGAAACAACACUCCCAUCUGCAUCAGCAUCACCAAACAUCACUGCAACCACCACUGUGAACACAACCAACACAGGUUUUUCACCCGACUGGGAAAAAGAUGACCUGGCGUCAAACCCCGGCUUAGUCGCUAUCAUUUGCAUCUUCUGUAUCGUCCUCGCCCUCGUUCUCGUGGUACUCACAGUGAAAUGUAUCCGAUCGCCGAGAUCCAAUUUUGAGAGGCUCGAAGAUAUGCCGAUGGUGAGAUAGAAAACGUGACAGAUAUUCACAGUUCCAGAGGGUGAAUCCUAAUCUUAAUCUUACUGUAGGUCUGGUAUACCUCUUAAAAAUCAGCACUGAAACACACAAAAUGACAAACUUCUUGAAUAUUGUUUCAAGAAUAUAAUUCAUGAGUUACAGUAUGAGGCUCUGCCUGCUGUAGGUUACUCAUCCCAGCAGGGGGAGGCAGGUGCUGGUUAACACGUAGAAAACAUGGAUUUGCCCGUAACAUGGAUUUGGAGCAAGGCCAACAUGUUCCAGGAUUUUGCUUCACGGGGAUGUUAACUGUCAGCCCCCCCCAUGAGUAACACGUAAAAGUUUCCCAGCAUUAAAUGUCGUCUUCUUCUUGUUCCUGUCUCCUUAGUAAUGAGGACAGUGGUUUCUCAUUUACACGAACAGGAAGUGUGAGUGGAUUGUCUGUGUAUGAAAAGUGUGGUGACUGUUUCUCAAGAGAAGCUAUCAUUAGAGCCGUAUCAGUGCGUCGCCAGAUAGUUUUAAACUGUUGGCAUAUCUCAAACUCAGCAGCAAGGGUCUAAUCAAGAAUGAGAUUUCUGAAAAGGAAACCUUCUCUCUCACACUAACGGAGCACUUACAAGUUCAUGUAUGUAUCUAGUGUGCAGAGACAAUAUCACAAAGACUUUUCAGAUGACCCACAAUGAGGCUGCCAAUAUGUGUGAGUAACCGCUGCAAAACAAGACCUGCAGCGCUGUACGGACCAGUGUUCUUUAUAAGGUGUUCUACGAGUGUAAAUCUUUAUUGCUGCAUGACUGGGCAUUGUGCUGGAGUGUACUUUAUACCGUACGAGCUACAUAUCCGACAACAUGGGCUGAAAAACAACUGAUCCUCCAAAAUGAGCAGGUCGGGACUUAAUGAUAACUUGCAGGGUUAAUAAAUGACAAACAAUCCCCUGUAGAAAUCGGAUAAUAUGAUCUAGAUAAUGUCCAUGUAUGACCACAUCCAUGACGCUUUUUUUCUUCACACAUUCUUAGCAAUUUCCUUUUGAUUAUUCCUGACAUUAUGAGAAAAGAGAAUAAGAUAAGUAUGAAACAUUUAAGCUUCCCUUCCCAGGAGUUUCUCAACCUCAUCUUCACAUGGUAAUCCAUUCUGACAUUCACUAAUUUAACAUUUAAAACGGGUAAAAAGACGAUUUUUUUUAAGACGCUUGUCUCCGUCAGCUGAUUGUCAGUCCUUAACGUUAAUUACAUUAAUAUGCCUAAAGCGGGACAGCAAAGACUUCACCUAUUGUUAAUCUGAACGGGGAAAAGAAUGCCUACAGGCAAUCACUGUAAUCGGA